AUGUUGUUAAUAUUAUUGACAAUUGCCAUCAUUGCAUUAGCAACAUAUUUAUAUUUAAAACCAUUAAUUGAUAAUCUAUUUUAUUCUGUUCCUCAUGAACCGAAAUAUAUCCAUUCAUAUAUACCUUUUAUUGGUUUCGGACUCAAAAUGUUCAAAGAUCCAAUUGAAUUUAUACGUUCAUUUUAUCUAAAAUACGGAAAAACAUUUGUCAUCUAUUUAGCAUCAAAACGUUGGGUUUAUUUCUAUGAUGAACAAACAUUUUUAACAAAAGUAUUAAAGUCAUCUGAUUUAUCCAUUGAUGAAUUUAUCAUUGAUGCAUCAGUUUAUGGUCUCAGUGUUAGUCGUCAAUGUGUUGAAAAUGAAGAUAUUCAACAAAUCACGUUAAAACAAUAUCAUCAAUACUUAAUUGGAGAUGAAUUAGAAAUCUUAAAUAAACGUGUGCAUGAUUCACUCAUCGAAUCAAUAAAACUUGAUGCAAAGAAAGGUCAAGAUAAUCAAACUAGAAUUGUCAAUUUAUUUGAUUAUUUUGGUGAAUUUAUGUUAUAUGCUGGUGCAGAAGGAUUAUUUGGACAUUCAUUUGUUAUUGAACAACGAAAUGCUACACCUAAUUUCUAUAAAUUAUUUCAAGAAUUUGGUGACGCAUGUAGAUUAAGUUUUCUUCGCAUACCAUUUCGAUCAAUCCUACAUAAAUCAACAUUUCAAAGUCGUCUUGAAUUUGUUAAAAGAUUUUCAUCAUUAAAAUUAAAUAAUGGUGAAUCAAAAUUAAUUCAUGCACGAGAAGAGUUAUUUCGUAGUGAUAAAUAUAAACAUUUAUUUAGUCAAUAUGAUAUUGGAGCUCUUCAAGCAGGUAUAAUAUGGGCGGCUGUAGUUAAUACAGCAAUAAUGAGUUGUUGGUCAUUAGUAGAUUUAUUACUUCAUCCGGAAGCAUUAGAAGCUGUUAAACAAGAAUUGAAAGAAAAUAUUUCAUCAUCAUCAACAUUAAUUUAUGAUAAAGAAACAUUAGCUAAAUUAAAAAUAUUAGAAAGUUGCAUAAAUGAAUCCAUGCGGCAUAUAUUUAAUACUGUUUCAGCACGUCAGGCAAAAAUAGAUACAAUCAUUGAAUGUUUAGAUAAAACAAAAGUUGGUUUAAGAAAAGGUGAUAUGCUUGUUUAUCCAACAUUUUUAAAACAUUUUGAUCCCAAUUUAUUUGGUCCAAAUCCAUAUGAAUAUCAAUAUGAUCGAUUUAUCAAAAAACCUAAUGAACCAAAAGCACCUUCAGUUAUGCUCUUUGGUUGUGGCCCUCAUAUGUGUCCUGGACGAUUUUUGGCAAUAAACGAAAUUAAAAUGUUAAUAACAGUUAUUAUUCAACAUAUGGAUAUUGAAUUUGUUAAUAUGACAGAGCAAGAUAAAGAUGAUUAUCGAAAAAAAUUACCAUAUGAUUAUACAAAAAUGAUUAGUAGUGGUGGACCAAAAAAAGGUUAUGAACAUAAAUUUGAUAUAAAAUAUUCGUAUAAAAAUUUGGAUAUUGAAUAA